AUGCUGGAGGUGGCCGCGGUCGUUGCUAUGGAGGGCUCGCCACCCGCCUCCGGAGUCCCACGUCCUCGAGAUCAACGAGAUUGCCAAGCCGAGGUCAUCAUCUCUCGACGGGCUCCUCCAUCACUUCUGGUUUCACACAAUGGCUGUGGGCUGCCUCUCCCUCUCGAUCCUGCGCUCCUCCUCCUCCGGUUCAGGUUUCAGGCCGUGGCUUAUGGUCGCCUCUCCAUAUCCAUCCUUCCAAUCUGGAGCACAGGUGGAGAGCCUGGCUGUGUGUGGCGGAGAUGGCGCCCCGCAUCUGCGCCCUAUAAGCCCAGACAGAGCUCCGCCGAGGCCAUGACCUCCACAGGUGUUCUUACAUCUCCUGAAUGGAUGUUUCUCUUUGCAUUUCGGCCGCUCGGCCCACUUCCGAUGAUCCACUACAUCAUCACUGUUUGCGGAGGAUCACAGGUGUACUGCCAGCAGUUUCAAUUUAACCGGGUGGUUGCCAUCAUCGUGAGACUACCAACUGGAGGAGCUGCAACGGCUCUUUAUUCCAGCCGUAUCCGAUGCCCCGAGCCGGAACUUUCAGGUCACCUACAGCACACGGUGCUCGUGGCGCGCCGUUGGCGCCGGCGUCGGCGGGGACACGGGAAGUCUGAUGAGGUCUCGGGGUGUGUCUUGUGCUUGAUUUUUGACACCACGAGCUCCUGGAGGGGAGGCCGCAAGGCGGGAGAGCCAGCAGCGGCAUUCUGUUUGGGGAUGCGUGGAUCUGGUGAUGCUGGAGCAGGGGAACAGGAAACAUCACAUCCGCAACGGCGUUUCAAAUAG